GUGUGUGUGUGAACAUUUUCUUUCAUUCCUCUCUCUCUUUCUCUCCUUUUCAUUCAAUUCAAUUCUUCAACUUUGAAUAUUGAUCACAAUUCCGCUAUACAUCACACACACACGCAAAGUAUCAGUAAAACGAAGAAAAUAAAAUAAAUUCAAGCAAAUCUGUUUCUUCCAUCAUCAGCUGAGAGUGCAAAAGAGAGCGAGUUUUGUUUUUCUCAUUCCUUUUUUUGUUUCUUGCCAAAUAAAAACGCGUUCCAAUACGUUUUUUUUUGGUUCGCUACGUUCAACAACAGAGAAAAAAUACAUAAUCCAAUAAUUGGCCUUGUGUGUGUGUGUGUGUUGCAAAUUUGUUUAUUUAUUUAUUUUCGAAACGGUCAACAAUUAUAUUAAUAGAUGUUUGUCGUUGUCGUUGUUGUUGUUUUUCUUCCCUGCACUGAACUAAUUGAUCGUGUUCAUUUCCAUUUCAAAAAUUUCAUUCAUUCAUUUGAUCGACAAAUAUUGAAUCCUUUUCAUCAUAAUAAUCGUAAUAAAGUGUUCAUCACUAAACAUUCAAUCAAAUCAUCAACGGAUGAUCCAAAAUCCAAUAUAAUGGAUCCGAAAUGUUUAUAUGCACAAAAUAAUUCUACAACAGCCAACAAUAAUACUAGUGAUACCAAUGAUUUAAUGAUAUCGACGGCUAACAAUAAAUUGAUAAAUGGUGGUGGUGGAGGCCAUGCAACCACGGCAACAACAACAACAAUGAUGACCGGUGGUCUUGUUGCUAAUGCAUCACGAAAACAUCAAAGACGUUUCAAUAUGCAUCGUAUAUUCGUUAAUCGUUCAAUGCAUUUGGAAAAAAUUAAAUUUUUUGGUUUCGAUAUGGAUUAUACGUUAGCCAUUUAUAAAAGUCCAGAUUUCGAAGCACUUUCAUUUGAUCUGGUUAAAGAACGAUUGAUCAAAAUGGGUUAUCCAGCCGAUAUUGAUGCAUUUAUUUUUGAUCCAACGUUUCCUGUACGUGGUCUUUGGUUCGAUACUGAAACUGGUAAUCUACUCAAAGUUGAUCCAUAUGGUAAUAUUUUGGUUGCCGUUUUUGGUUUUCAAUUUCUCAAAACAUCAGAAAUAUAUGCCAUCUACCCGAAUAAAUUUGUUCAACUGGAUGAAUCAAGAAUUUAUGUAUUGAAUACAUUAUUCACACAACCAGAAACUUACUUAUUAGCCUGUGUCAUUGAUUUUUUCUCCAAUUCACCUGAUUAUAUUAGAGUCAAAGAAAAUCAUCAUGGUGUUAAAGCUAAAGCCGGUAAUUUAUUCAUGUCAUAUAAAAGUAUUUUCCAGGAUGUUCGAUCAGCAUUCGAUUGGGCUCAUGUUAAGGGCUCGUUGAAAGAGAAAACCGUUAAUAAUAUUGAACGAUACAUACAUCAGGAUCAUCGUCUUCCAUUAUUGUUGGAUCGGAUGCAUGAAAAUGGCAAGAAAAUAUUUUUACUCACAAAUUCUGGUUAUAAUUACACGGAAAAAGUAAUGAAUUAUCUGUUUCAAGUCCCAUCGGCAAAGAAUCGGCCAUGGAAAUCAUAUUUCGAUUUCAUUGUGGUUGAUGCACGAAAGCCAUUAUUUUUCGAUGAAGGUACUAUAUUACGACAGGUAGAUGUAAAUACGGGUGCAUUACAAAUCGGUACACCAACUGGCCCAUUCGAACCGGGACAUGUUUAUUCGGGUGGCUGUUGUGAUGUAUUUACCGAAUUAAUCGGUGCCAAAGGUAAAGAUGUUCUUUACAUUGGCGAUCAUAUAUAUGGUGACAUUCUUAAAUCAAAGAAACGACGUGGUUGGCGCACAUUUUUGGUCGUACCAGAAUUACAGAAAGAAUUGGACAUUUGGAUGAACAAGCGUCUGUUAUUCGAACGUUUAAAUGAAUUGGACGUAAAAUUGGGCGAUAUGUACGUGAACAUGGAUUCCAGUUCACGAGAUAAACCCGAUACAAAGUAUGUCCGAAAUCAAAUUCGUGAAACAAUCCAUGAAUUGGAUAUGAGCUAUGGCAUAUUGGGCAGUAUAUUUCGUUGUGGCUCUCGUCAAACACAUUUCGCCAAUCAACUGUGUCGUUUUGCCGAUCUAUAUUCAAGUACAUUUCUCAAUCUAAUGUACUAUCCAUUUAGCUACAUGUUUCGGGCACCACCAAUGUUGAUGGCACAUGAAUCAACUGUUGAACAUGAAAAUGAUGAUAGCCUCAACCUUUGGGAUAGUAAUUCAAUGGAUGCCAGUUUUGAUGGAACAACUACAUUCAUCAAUUUUAAUAAUAAUAACGAAUCAUAUGCACCACCAAUAACGACAACGACAAAUAUUAUCGAUCGCAAUAAACAAUUAUUAGAACAAAAAUUGGAGAGCAAUGAAUCCCCAGGUGAAAUGAAUGGCAAUAACAAUAAUAAUAAUAAUGAGAAUCGUUCAGGUUCGCCAUCAAUGUUUGAUCGUUAUGAUAGACAACGAUCAAUUGGACAGAUUGUGGAAAAAGUACAACUGAAAAUAUCACAUCAGAAUUCUGUACCACAUUUAUUUGCUGAAACACCAAAAGCUGUUACACAUCAUCAUGAUACCGACGAUGAAGAUACGGAUCAUUCAUCCAAUUCGGAUCAAAAUGAUGAUUUCAAAGAUAAAUGAAAUGAAACAACAAACAGACUACAGACAAUAUUCCCGUUGAUACUAUCGUAAUAUUCUUGACAUGCUGACUGAAAACAAAUAAUUUUUAUAUAGUUGCUCAUUUCCUGUGUUACUAAUGCUGGUUGUUGUUUACUCAAUCAUUUUUUCGUUGUUGUUGUUUUUGC